AUGCAGUGGGCUACCUUUCUCGCCGCGGCCACGGCUCUUGCCGGAAAUGUCGCUGCACAGAACAUGUUGCGAUUUGCUUGCUCGCAGCUUGUCGUUGAGCGAACAGAUCCGCUUGUCAACCCCGGCGUGAAAUACACCCCACAUCUUCAUCAGAUUGUCGGAGGCGACUCUUUCAACAUCACAAUGGACCCCGCAAACGACCCUGCGCAGCUUUCCAAGUGCACAUCAUGCAGUUUCGUCCAGGACAAGUCGAACUACUGGACUGCUGUCAUGUUCUUCAAGGCAAAGAACGGAACCUACAUCCGUGUGCCUCAGAUUGGAAACGGUGGACCACAAGGACAGCUCAUCAACGACGGCGGUCUCGAUGUCUACUACAUCCCCAGUGGCAAAGUCACCGCUUUUAAGAAGGGCUUCCGUAUGCUUGCAGGCUCAGCCACCAACACCGAUAACAGCAAAGUCAAGCUCGCCAACAUCUGCCAUCGCUGCUGGAAUGCUCCAUCUGAGAGCACCUUCGUUGGAGGUGCACCCUGCACGGGUUCCGACACUGUCGCUAUCCCCAAGGACCCCAAGUGCAAGCUCAUCCGCCAGACCAUCAUCUUCCCUACUUGCUGGGAUGGCAAGAACCUCGACUCACCAGACCACCAGAGCCACGUUGCUUACGGUCAGGGCUCAGGUGCUACUGGAGGCGGCGCUUGCCCAUCUACUCACCCCGUCAAGCUUCCUCAGGUCAUGUACGAACUCAUGUGGGAUGUCAGAAAGUUUGCCGACCAGAGCUUGUGGCCCACUGAUGGUUCGGAUCCUUUCGUUUACAGCAUGAACAUUGGUGGUUCUGCUGCACACGGUGAUUACGUCUUCGGUUGGGAAGGCGACUCUCUCCAGAAGGCCAUGGACAACAACUGCAACCUCAACACCGCUUGCCCCAAAGCUGGUCUCACCGUUCAACAGCCCGCUCAAUACAACGCUUGCAAGAAGAAGCAACAAGCUCCUGAGGCGGUCGACGGCUGGCUCAAGGAGAUGCCGCUUGGUGACAUGGCUAUCAAGGCAUAG